GUCUUACCCCCUUGAUGGAAGCUGCUUCUGGAGGAUAUGCAGAGGUUGGAAGAGUUCUCCUUGAUAAAGGAGCAGAUGUCAAUGCCCCACCAGUGCCUUCCUCAAGAGAUACUGCUUUAACAAUAGCAGCAGACAAAGGUCACUACAAAUUUUGUGAGCUCCUGAUUCAUAGGGGAGCCCACAUUGAUGUUCGUAACAAGAAGGGAAAUACACCACUUUGGUUGGCAUCCAAUGGUGGUCAUUUUGAUGUAGUACAAUUGCUAGUGCAAGCAGGUGCUGAUGUAGAUGCAGCAGAUAACCGGAAAAUCACACCCCUUAUGUCAGCAUUUCGCAAGGUAAUUUAAUAUGGG